GAGUGGAGACACUAUCCUGGAAUAUGGCGACUGCGGGGAGACGUUGAGAUGUUCGCCCAAGUGAUCCAUGGACUGAACUCCUGGAUAGGACAGGGUCAGUCACUGGAAGAUGAAACCACAGAACUCGUACGGCACAGAAGGGUUCAGGAGCUGCCGCUUCUUCUGGCUGCCAAGGAAAAUAAUGUUGUUCUUCUACGGGAACUUCUAGAGGAUGAGACGUGUGAUAAACUUCAAAGAGGGGCUGUGGGAGAAACGGCUCUUCAUGUUGCCGUCCAGCACAAUCACCUGGAAGCGGCCAAGAUUCUCAUAGAAAGAGCUCCUGAUCUUGUAAACCAACCCAUGACCUCGGACCUCUAUCAGGGACAAACCGCUUUGCAUAUCGCGAGUGUAAAUCAGAACAUCAAUCUGGUCCGGCUCCUGAUAGACGGAAACGCUGAUGUCUCCUCGCCUCGCGCUACGGGGACUUUUUUUGCUCUAAGGUCCACAAACAUCUUUUACUUUGGGGAACACAUUUUGACCUUCGCUGCUUGUGUGGGAAACACCGACAUUGCCGAGUUACUCAUGGAUAAUGGCGCUGACCCACGAGCGCAAGACAGCUGGGGGAAUACCGUUCUGCACAUCCUGGUUCUCCAACCAAACAAGGUCCUCUCCUGCCAGAUGUUGGACUUCUUGCUCUCCCGGGAAGUUCGAUUAACCGGACCAUCCCUGUGCCAGAUUCCGAACGCAGAGGGGCUCACACCAUUGAAGAUGGCUGCUAUCGAGGGGAAUGUCACGAUGUUUCAGCACUUGGUACAGAAGAAGGGGAAACUACAGAGGGCAUUCGGUCCCGUUACGUCCAUGUUUUAUGAUUUGUCAGAAAUCGACUCUGUGGAAAAAGAGAAAUCUCUUCUGGAACUCAUAGUGUCCUCCAACAAAAGUCAGGCUCGAAAAAUCCUGAACUUCCCCCCAGUUAAAAGCUUGCUAAAAAAGAAAUGGCGUCACAGAGGGAGGCCGUGUUUCUGGAUCCUGACGGCUGCCUACGUGCUGUAUAUGAUCUGCGUGUCCUUAUGUUGUGCCAACAGACCUCUUAAACCGCGAGAAGACAACACGACCAGCUCCAGAGACAUCACUCAGUAUGUGAAGAAAUCGCUACAGGAAUCAUACGUGACAUCCGAGGAUCUUCUGCGACUGUGUGGGGAGAUCAUAUCUGUGAUCGGAGCCAUCUUAUUCAUAGUGAUAGAGAUCGUACAGAUGUGGAAAGCAGGACUCAGGUGUUUUGUAACCUACAAGAUUUGGGAGGAGCCUUUUCAUGUCAUCAGGUUUUCUUUCUCCAUCCUGAUCCUGGUGACCCUUAUUCUGAGACUCACUAACACAGACGGAGAGGUGGUCCCCAUGUCCAUGGCGUUGGUUCUCGGAUGGUGCUACGUCAUGUACUUUGCCCGAGGUUUCCAGAUGCUCGGACCUUUCACCAUCAUUAUCCAAAAGAUGGCAGCAAGUGAUCUGCUCAAAUUUGUUUGGCUGAUGGCUGUGGUUGUGUUUGGGUACAGCACAGCUCUCUAUAUCGUCUUCCAGACAGUGAAUCCAGAAGCCCUGGGAGCGUUCAGUCCAUACCCAAUAUCAUUGAUCAGCACCUACCAGCUUUUCCUGAAUGUUCUCAAUGGACCUGACAACUAUGACGUUGACCUCCCCGACAUGUACAGCUUCCUUUACGCGUCCUUCUGUGUCAUUGCCUUCUUGCUCAUGUUCAAUUUGCUCAUCGCCAUGAUGGGAGACACACAGGCAGCCAUGACUAAGAAGAAAGAGGAGUUAUGGAUGGCGCAGAUCACCAGUGCUACAGUAACCAUGGAACAAAAGUUCCCAAGGGGUUUGAUGUUCGGCUCCAGAUCCAUUGAGGAAGAAUUGGAAGGAAAGCAAUAUCUCAGUGUUGAGGAGAGAAAAUGGCAUCCUCUCCCAUCAAUGGAUGGAAGUGAUUCUAGCGAAGAAUCAGAUGAUGAUGUCACAGAUUUGCCGAAAGAAAAGGGAACGGAUAAUAAUAAUUGUAACACAAUCAGUGACGAUCGCAGAAUACCAGCUGUUAUCAUUCAGGACGGGAACAGCGAGAAUCCAAUAAAUGAUACGACAACGGAAGAAGAGAUAUUCCACUUAUAGAGUUCUGUUAGAAAUUGCACAAGCGCUCUUCACAUUCCAAUCUUUUUAUCAUA